AAAAAAAUGAAGUAACUUUGGCAAAUAUACACCAUUACACUAUCUAGAGCAAAUAUGAAUGUGUAAGCCCUGAGACCUUCAAUGCAGCCAGAGAAGAAGGUCUUGUGUCUAUGGAGUCAUUUGCAGAACUAAUGAAUCAAGCAAAGCCAUACUUGCUUGUGAUUUUUCUCCAAUGGGCCUCUGGAGUGUUGAACAUUAUUGCUAAGGCUGCUCUAAACCAUGGUAUGAGCCAACAUGUCCUAGUUGUGUACCGAAUGGCCGUUGCGUCUGCUCUAAUUGCUCCUUUUGCCUUUUUUCUGGAGAGGAAGUCAAGACCAAAGAUGACCUUGCCAAUCUUUUCUAGGAUAAUGCUGCUCAGUUUGUUAGAGCCGAUGGCAUACCAUAACUUGUUCUACCCUGGGAUGAAACAUACUACAGCAAAUUUUGGUGCUGCCAUGUUCAAUAUUGUUCCUGCCAUCACAUUUAUUCGGGCUUGGAUCUUUAGCCUUGAGAGCAUAUACCUUACGAGGUUGUCCAGCCAAGCAAAAGUUGUUGGAACAAUUGUGACAAUUGGAGGAGCAAUGCUGAUGAGUCUUGUCAAAGGGCAACACCUGAAUUUUCCAAAGAUUAAUAAAGGACAUGUUCAUCAAAUUGCUGCAAAUAAGGGACAUUUCACAGAGGGUGUUGUCAUGAUUGUAUCUGCUUGUUUCAUCGGCUCCGCUUUCCUAGUUUUGCAGGCAAUAACACUAAAAUCGUACCCGGCUAAUCUCUCUCUGGUAGCUUUGCAAUGCAUAAUGGGAAUGGUAGAAAGCAUCAUCCUUGCCUUAGCAGUGGAAUGGGGCAACUCUUCAGUCUGGUGCAUAUACAAAGAUGGGAUCAAAUUAGGUUCGACUUCCCAGCAUUUUGGGAUAGCUGGAACAAGAAACACUAGGAUCCAUAAGACUGCUUUUAACUUUUUUGACUUCUCUCCAGGGAAUAUAUUCUGCAAAAACACUAAUAUAUGUAGGAUUCUGAGAGCCUUUGUCAUCAUAGUAGGAUUAUAUCUUGUCGUAUGGGGUAAGAGCAAGGAUCAAAUUCAACAACCAGAAAUUGACAUAGGAGAACCAAUUCAAGAAGCAACUACAAUGAAUGGUGACAGAGACACUCCCACAACUGAUACUGAGAAUACAGAACCAAAUCAAGACGCAGCUACAAAUAAGAACAGCAACAUAGGCGAUUGUGAUCAGUGUUUUCUUGUUGUACAAGAAAUCCAAAAGAGAAAAGACAGUGAUUUUUUUCCCCCUAAAACAGCAAGAGAACUUCAGCCUAGUUUGGUUGCGGAGUGGGCUAUUGAGGACCUGAUUGCUGAGGCCCGAUACAAGCUUGAUGGGUUUCAUUCUUGGUCCAUUACCAAAAUUCACAGAUUUGGUUGUAUAAUGGUCAUGAUCCUCCGGAUCAUAAUUUUGGAUUCAUCUUAG